UAGACGAUCUUUGACUCACAACGUCUUGACGUGUCAUCGAAGACAGUGAGGGAAGUUUCCGAUCUUGAAAUGUGUUGAGUUUGAAACAGGCAACAUGUAUUAGAUUUAGAAUAGUUUCUGUGUGGGGAAUCAUGUCCCCGCUGCAGAGUGUCGGCAGCUCAACAUGCAGUGGAGAAGACACAUCACUGGCCUCGCUUUUAGCUUCGUUUUCGUUGUAUCAUAUUUCACCAAUAAGUUUGUCCUGUCAGUAUUAAAAUUCACCUAUCCAACCUUAUUUCAAGGAUGGCAGACAUUUAUCGGGGCUGUCCUGCUUCUGCUCUCUGGGAAGCUGGGAUGGGUGGAAAUGAGCCGCAUCACCAGAUCAGCAGCUCUCUCUUGGCUUCCAGGCUCCCUCCUGUUUGUUGGAAACAUAUAUGCUGGUUCCAGGGCCUUGUCACGCAUAGACAUUCCUUUUUUCUUCACUCUUCAGAAUUCCUCUCAUGUUGUUAGUUACAUAAUCCUGAAGGUCGUCCAUAGAGAGAAGGUGCAAUGGCUAAAAUUGAUCAGCAUAUGCUUCAUGUUGCUCUCAGCUAUCAAUCUCCCCUUCUAUGAUCCUCAGUUUGAUUACAGUGGCUACCUGUGGGCUGUCGGUCAUCUGUUCUGUGUUGGUGCAUACAGGGUGUUUCAGGUUCACUACAAACCCAGUAAUUUGAGCGACCUUGAACAACAAUGUGUAAACUACUUGUUCAGUGUGUUACUGCUGGCCAUUGCUGCUCACCCAACAGGUGACCUCAUGGGUGCCUUGGAGUUUCCCUCCCUUCAGUCCCACACAUUUCACUGUGGCUGCUGUGCCAGUGCAUUGCUGGGAUUUUUGUUGCUGUUGGCCACAGUCAAACUGAAAAGUGGAUUUUCCCUCGAGCACUUUGGGGUCUGGAUUUUUUUGUCUAAGGUAACAGCCAUGUCCCUCUCCCCAUUCAUUUUCUACAUGGACAUUAAUGCUCCAGCUCUUGUUUGUGUGGUGGUCAGUCAUGUUGGAGAGGCCCUGCUGGUGUAUUCUGAGAGACAAUCUCAAUUGUGAUGAGAUUAACCUGCAACUUGCACUGCCUAAAGAGAUUUCUUUUCUAGAAAAAAAAAAUAUUUUAUUUUUUCAAAUAAAUUUUGUAAUUUCUCAUCUGUGCAUUGAUAAUCUGCUGACCAAAUAAAAUAUUUG